GCUCAGUGGCGGCGCAUCGCGCUCCCGGGGAAACCGCGCGCGCCCCGCGCUGCUCUCCGCGCUCCCCGCGCUGCUCCCGCUGCUCUCCGUGCUCCCGGGUACUCCCCGCGCUCCCCGCGCAGCUCCCGCCGCCGCCCCGCCGCGGGCCCGGGCGCAGCCGCCUCGCUCCGACCCAGAUUCGCGCCGCCCCCACGACCCGCCCGGCCCGGCCCGCCCGCUUCCAGCCCGCAGCCACGGAGCGCGCGGCUCCAGCACCGGCCAGGGGGAUGGACACGCGACGGCCGCGACCCGAGACCUGCUGAAUCCAGCGCUCACUUACUCGGACAAAGACAGACUUGGGGACCAUUACUUGAGGUCAGUUGGGAUACCAUCUAGAUGGUCACCAUCGGCACCAUGAAGCACUUUCUGAGAAUGCUGAUCCAGGUGUGCCUGUACUUUUAUUGUAAAUGUUUGUGGCGCUGCCUGAAAUUUGUGAUGAGGAAGCUGACUGGGAGAUGUGAACUUCAGCGAAUCUGUUACAGUACCAAGCCAGGAGCUUCUAGAACCAUGAAAAUCGAAACAUCACUGAGGGAUUCAAAAAGUAAGUUGUUGCAGACCGCAGUGAGUGUUCACCCGGAUGCUAUCGAGAAGACUAUAGAAGACAUCAUGGAACUGAAAAAAAUCAACCCUGACAUAAACCCGCAGUUGGGCAUCUCCCUUCAAGCCUGCCUUCUGCAAAUUGUUGGUUACAGAAACCUUAUUGCAGAAGUAGAAAAACUGCGCAGAGAACCCUACGACUCUGAAAAUCCGCAGCAUGAAGAAAUGCUUCUGAAAUUAUGGACGCUUUUGAAGCCUAAUACACCACUGGAAUCUAGGGUUUCUAAGCAAUGGUGUGAAAUUGGCUUUCAAGGUGAUGAUCCUAAAACAGAUUUUCGAGGAAUGGGCCUUCUGGGACUAUACAAUUUGCAGUACUUUGCAGAAAGGGACACAGCAGCUGCCCAGCAAGUCCUCUCUGACUCUCUUCACCCCAAAUGCAGAGAUAUCACUAAAGAGGAAAUAAGCAAAUUCAGCAAAGCAGAAUGGGAGAAGAAAAGGAUGGAUAAAGCAAUCGGAUACUCAUUUGCCAUUGUGGGUAUCAAUAUCACUGACCUGGCCUAUAACCUCCUGCUCAGCGGAGCUCUGAAAACCCAUUUCUACAACAUCGCUCCAGAAGCCCCGACACUGCCUCACUUCCAGCAAACGUUCUGCUAUUUGAUGCAUGAGUUUCAUAAGUUCUGGAUUGAAGAGGACCCACUGGACAUCAUGGAAUUUAACCGUGUGCGGGAGAAGUUUCGCAAGAGGAUCGUGAAGCAACUGCAGAACCCCAACAUGGCACUGUGCCCGCACUUUGCAGCCUCGGAAGGUUUACUCAACAUGUAGUCACCUGCACUGGUUUGAACGGAUCCCCAAACACUGCCUCGCUGUCGUGUUAGAUCUCCGCCUAGGUCCCAGUCCUCACUGAAUGCACACAGUGAUCGUCUGCAUGCCUUCCCCUGUGUUCCUCUCUCCGUCCUGAUAGCCAGAUGCCCAGACAGCCCACCCCCUGCGGCACCAUGCAGUGUUACAUCUUGCCUUGACCCCACCUACCCGCCCCCAGGUAUGGAGAGAGUUUUCUAUUUUUUUAAGAUUGUUUUUCUCCCUCCUCAUACUUCAGCAUUUAAAAAAAAGAAAAUGCAACUGUAUUUCUCCUAGCUGUAUUUUGUAAGUGAGAGACUUAGCUUAAUCUUGUUCUGUGAAAGCAUUUUAAUUUGUUAAUAUUAUCCACACGGUUCCCGCUGCUAGCUAGCUUUGCAAGCCAGGCUCCUGCUCGGACCUCAUUCCAAUAAAGUAUAAGACUUAAAAAAAAAAAACAAAAAACUACAGACAGACACAUGAUAAGCCAAACCAUUCCUGCAAACCUCGAUGAGCUUUGGGAAAAAUGCAACGAGGCUUCCAAGAUGCAAAUGUAGGUAGCGCAGCUUUUGUUUGACUGUACCGCAACUCAAUUGUAACUUUCCCCUAGCUGCUAACAGUGCACUAGUUAUCCCCAGAACAAAUUCGUUUAUCGCCAUCCUUUCACUGGCAUGGAGGCCUCAUGUGUUAUGAUGCAGCCUCAGGAAAUAAGAAAGCCUACUUCAGAGGCUGUGCCAGAUCUUUGCUGUCUGCACCGGCUUACUGCUUCUACAGGCGCUGUUCUGAUCCCAGUAACUUAGAAAUGCUGCCUGUUUGUUUCUUAAUGUCGAGGCAACACUCUUAAAACACUUUGGAAGGAAAUGUGUUGCAAGGGCUCUGAUGAUCCACCCCAAGUUUUGAAAAGACAGCCCUUGUCUUGGUGGAUGAAAUAAAUUGCUUGGCCAGGAGAGAAAAAUCAGAUCAUGCCACCACUGCUAAGAAACCAUUUGAAAAACCAUGAUUUCGUUUGGAAUUAUGAUUGUCGUCUGUUGAAUAGUAUUUACCAUGGCAUUUCAUACCCAUGGUAUUUUAUACCUUGACUAUCAAUUUUAGUAUUAUUAGAUGUUUGUGUAAUCACUGGCUUAUUUAACUGAAUUUUGAGCACUGCCUAACUGUCAGUUAUAUGAAUAAAUUACCCGUCAUUCUACAGGAA